UUCUAUAUCAUUUCAAAACGUAAGUUGCUCACAAGAUGGCAGCAUUCUAUGACAUUUAAAUUGUCACACAUUUAUGUUUUUAAGCCACAGGUCUCUGGUACAGACAUGCAGACCAUUUUUGGGUCGUGAUCCACCAGUUGAGAACCACUGUUCUAGAUCCAGUGUGAGAUAAUAUGAAAAACAUCUAGAGCAAACCUUUCUAUCUAUCUAUACAUUUUAUAAACCUUUUUUUUUUUUUUUUUUUUAAAUAAGUGCUUGGCAGCUUUCUAGUCAACAGGAUCGAGAUAAAAAUAGCUGGCCAACAUCUCAAAACAUCAGAUGCAUUCUGUAUGAGACAGAAACAUCUGCUUCACGAUGCAACACAUUAGAUGACAUCCUUCCACCCCUGGAAACAGUGGCGUCACAUCCUUUGUUUUCUUCUUUUUUUGUUCUGUCUGCACAACUGACAUCUUCAGAAUCUGUCUACAUAACCACCAACUCUCGGAUUGCAAACUUUUUGACUUUUUUUCUGUUUCCUCCAGUUGAUUGUGAAAAGGUUAAGAAGAGCAAUGACCUUCCAGCACAGUCUGUUGUUGAUCCUCUGUGGCUUCACUGCACUCUCUGUCUCAACAGAGACAUGUGGAAAAGAUCUACUAGAGGGAACGUCCUGCAUCAUUAAGCUACCAGAAAAAUACAAUGACAAAUCCAAUGACAUCAAAUGGACCCAUUCCUCCAGUGACGCCGUAAUUGAGAGGAAAAACAAGAAGGUGAAGUCAAACACUCCAGGUUUAACAGUGGAAGAAGAUGGAUCAUUAAGAUUUCAAAGUGUUAGUCUGAAGGACACGGGCACAUAUAUAUACACUGUUACUAGUUCUGAUGGUACAGAGAUUGGUAAAGCUGGAGUGAAAAUUAAAGUAUAUGAAAAGGUCCCUAAACCUACUGUGAAGAUCAACUGCACCGCUGAUGGGAAUGCUGCUCUCACCUGUGACGUGGGAAACAGUAAAGAUCCGAGUCUGACUGUAUCCUGGUAUGAAGAUGGAAAACUCAUCCAGAAUGAAAUAAAUCCUCAAGUGUUCUUGUCAUCUACUCAAGUACAGGAGAAUAAAACAUACUCAUGUGAGACACACAAUCCUGUCAGCAGAGUUAAAAGUGAGAGUGUUACUGUAUCAUUCUCAACAGAGACAUAUGGAAAAGAUCUACUAGUGGGAACGUCCUGCAUCAUUAAGUUACCAGAAAAAUACAAUGGCAAAUCUAAUGACAUAAAAUGGGCCCAUUUCUCCAGUGACGCCAUAAUUGAGAGGAGAAAUAAGAAGACGAAGUCAAACACUCCAGGUUUAACAAUGGAAGAAGAUGGAUCAUUAAGAUUUCAAAGUGUUAGUCUGAAGGACACGGGCACAUAUAUAUACACUGUUACUAGUUCUGAUGGUACAGAGAUUGGUAAAGGAGAAGCAGAAAUUAAAGUAUAUGAAAAGGUCCCUAAACCUACUGUGAAGAUCAGCUGCACCGCUGAUGGGAAUGCUGCUCUCACCUGUGACGUGGAAAACAAUAAAGAUCUGAGUCUGACUGUAUCCUGGUGUAAAGAUGGAAAACUCAUCCAGAAUGAAAUAAAUCCUCAAGUGUUCUUGUCAUCUACUCAAGUACAGGAGAAUAAAACAUACUCAUUCUCAACAGAGACAUGUGGAAAAGAUCUACUAGAGGGAACGUCCUGCAUCAUUAAGCUACCAGAAAAAUACAAUGACAAAUCUAAUGACAUAAAAUGGGCCCAUUUCUCCAGUGACGCUGUAAUUCAGAGGAAAAAUAAGAAGACGAAGUCAAACACUCCAGGUUUAACAGUGGAAGAAGAUGGAUCAUUAAGAUUUCAAAGUGUUAGUCUGAAGGACACGGGCACAUAUAUAUACACUGUUACUAGUUCUGAUGGUACAGAGAUUGAUAAAGGAGAAGUGGAAAUUAAAGUAUAUGAAAAGGCCCCUAAACCUACUGUGAAGAUCAACUGCACCGCUGAUGGGAAUGCUGCUCUCACCUGUGACGUGGGAAACAGUAAAGAUCCGAGUCUGACUGUAUCCUGGUAUGAAGAUGGAAAACUCAUCCAGAAUGAAAUAAAUCAUCAAGUGUUCUUGUCAUCUACUCAAGUACAGGAGAAUAAAUCAUACUCAUGCGAAAAACGCAAUCCUGUCAGCAGAAAUAAAAGUGAGAGUGUUACUGUAUCAUGUAUUGCUAAAAUCUUCCUGUGUCUUCGACACAAACGCGAUUCAUCCACACUGUGAGUGUAACUGCUCUUUAUGGCCCUUUAACCAAUCAAAAGUUAUCAAAGAUGCAACAGCGUGUUCAUAUACAGUAUUUUCGAUGCAGAGAACAAAUGUGAAUUACUGUGCAUUUAUUUGUGCAUUAAAUUAUAGCUGUCACAGGAGAUGUAUGUAUUUGUGUAAUUUACAGUGAGCUUCAAAAACCAUGUGAAUAGGCCUAUUGUGUUGCUUGUGAUGGUAAUUUGCAGUAUGCAUUUGUGGAAAGAUACGUGAAAUAAAACUGUCUGAAUCAGAAGUUGUUGCUGU